ACAGAUUCAUCUUGUACACAUUGGACAGAUCUUGUCCAGCCAUACACAGUAAAGAGUCUGAAGAGGUCAUCUAAUCUUGCCGCUGUGGUUUCAGCUCGACGCAGAGUAAGGUCGCCGUCAUCAAAAAAGUCCCCAAUAGACGUCAACUCUCGAAUAACCAUCUGUCAAAAUGAAUGACAACGGCAUGAACACCGACCGCAAAGAACAAUUCCUAUGGGAAAGAGUGUACCAGGAAGCCCAGAUCGAUGUCGCCGCUGCGAAUGAGAGGAUUCAGACCGUGAUUGGUUGGGAACAAGAAGCUCGCGACGCUCAGUUUCAGCUCAUCAUCGGACCAUGGCAUAUGCCUUUGCCCAGGGAACUUCAACGUCAACUUCCUAAGCCACCUGUCCGCAAGAUAACGACAGCCGUCAAUCUCGACCCUCAAAAGUUGCCGAUCGAUAGAACAGUGCCUAGCCAAAAAGUCCGUAUGAGCUACAGACAGACCGAACCAUCCAACCAGCUCGAGCGAAUUCUCCACAACAAGCAUCUCGCCGAACAACUUGCCAGUACCCAAUCGACAAUGCCUGUUACUCAGCCUUUCUUGCUCAGAGAGAUCGACUUGCCCAUACUCACGAAGUCCGGCAACGUAGGCAAAGGUCCCACUGAGACAGCAAACACGCUCAAGCGUAAGCUUUCGAAGCUCAAGGACCCGCAGGAUACUGAAGACGGGUCACUUGCCGAAGUCCUGCCCAAAUACUCCAUUUUGCCGACCUUCAGACAGCAAUUCCACAUCUCCGAGCCCAAUUCGGAAAGUACAUCGCCUCCUCGCCGUCAUACCAUGCCUCCCAUCGAAGCAGUCCUGGCCCAUGGGUUCCGUAACAUCAAUCUCAACCGCCCAACUGAGCCACCAAUCACCCCUCGCUCCCAUGCCUUCGAUCCGUGGACCGACCUACUCCUUGGUCACAGAGUUCUCACUCCCACACCCGCAUUCCUUCUUUCCCUGAGUGCCUUCAGAAGUGACGACAGCGAAGACUCUUACUGGAAGUCCUCCCUGCCAGUCAUCAUCUCCUAUCAUCUCGCCAACCCGGCCACUCUCGUCGACGAGACCCGGCUCGAAAGCCUGACCUUUUGCCUCCCCGCACCUAAGGAGUACAUCUUCUUCGACACAAGAACCGGAAGACGAGUCCCUACCAGAGCUCGUCAGCCCAAGCACAAGUACGAGGGCCCAGAGACAAACACGGAGAUCCGCAUGAUCAGAAUGGUUCUGCCUCCCAUCAUCCCCAAGAAGCUCUACGAGCGCAAGGAUCAACAAGAGCCAUUCACAGAUUGGUUGAUCCUGUGCCUGAGCACCCCUGCUAUUCCUCCUCCCGCGGUCGCCCACACCCACCACCUCCGCUCCACCACUCAGGUCCCACCGCAACCUUACACAAUGAUCGUCUUUCCCACCCAUUUGUUCAAGGAGAAGGAGUUCGUUGCAAGUGAAACCUCCAUCUCACCUGUCGACCAGCAGGAAGAUGUCGCCACUACCAUGAUGAUGAGAUUCGACGGUAGAGGCAAAUUGCCCCUGAUGUACGGCAUCAACCGCGACUCCGCCUUUGCAGAGAGAUGGGUCCAGGGGUUCGCUAAGGGGGGCACUGCCCUGGAGCUCACUUUCAGGGGAAAGAAGGCACCUUGCUGGAUGUGAAGGGAUG